UUAUGACGCAUCUCAGCGCGACUAGGCUCCUCUUUGCUGGUAGUGGAUUACAUUCAGUUUACGACGGCGAGUUCAGUGUGAAGGGGGUUCCCUAAUGUAGACGGGCUAGUUGAAAGACAGCGUUGUGCGGAGGCGCCGAGGAGCGUGGACGCUCUGCUCGCGCCCGCUGGGCUGCGGGUCCUGUUCCUCGAGGCCGCUCGGGCUGUCGGGCUCUGCGAGGAGCGGGACGGCAGGUGUCGUUAUACUGUGUCUUCGGGAUGUUUCAUCGACUCUUUUGUUCUCUUCAAAAAUCUUCAAAGCAGCCUUUGUAAAAAAAAAAAAAAAAAUUUCCCAAAAGUAAAAUAAUUUCCGCCAUUCGAGUCACGUUGACGACGUCCCCAGUGUCCUGCCACCUCAUAGACCUGGCGGUUGAAGCGCGUUCGGGAGCCCUUCCUUCUAGGGACACAGUCCUCUUUUUUGAAGAAAAGAUGAAGAAAGAAAGGAUGGUGGCUGACUGCCUGAUAAACUGCUGUCAGGACUCGGUGACCUUUGAGGAUGUGGCCGUGGACUUCACCCAGGAGGAGUGGGUUUUGCUGGAUCGAAGUCACAGAGACCUUUAUAGAGAGGUGAUGCUGGAGAACUACGAGAACCUGGCCUCCGUGGGGUGUGAGCUUGUCAAACCCAGUCUGAUCUCCUGGUUGGAACACAAAGAGGAUUGGAGGACACAGCAGAGAGGAGAUCCCCAAGAAUGGGACAUGCAGCUUAGCACCAGAGAGUCAACAUUUGAGCAGGGUAUUUUGAUGGAACAAACGUCCAGUGGGAUACUAAUGGCGGGAAUCCACAGUGCAGGGAAACUUGAUGAUGAUAAGCAUUGGGGAGAAAUCUUCAGUGAACACUCCUAUUUCAAGACACACAUGAAAUCUCAGAAUUCAAGAAAUACUUGUGACUCUGGUCAGGAUGGAAAAUCUUUUCCUCCUCUGAGCAUGAAAACUUCUACUGGACAGAACUUUUCUGUGUUAAAUGAAUGUGAAAUGGCCCUUAGCCCAACUCCAAAUGUUGCCUACCAGAGAAUGAGCAUGCAGGACAAACCUUUUGGAUGCAGUGACUGUCCCUUCCUUAGUAAGUCGUACCUUCAGACACAUGUGAGAAAUCACAAUGGGGAAAAGCUCUAUGAAUUAAAGGUAUUUGCAAGAGAUUUUCUGUAUUCCAAAAGUGGAGCUGUGCCUUUUCAAAUGUAUACUAUCAAAGCCUACGAAUGCAAAGUUUGUGGGAAAGUCUUUGGCUACUCCUCAAAUCUUAAUAGUCACAUGCGAACCCACACUGGGGAGAAACCGUAUGAAUGUAAGGUUUGUGGGAAAGUCUUUGGAUAUUCCUCAAAUCUUAAUAGUCACAUGAGAACCCAUACUGGGGAGAAACUCUACGAAUGUAAGGAAUGUAAGAAGUCCUUCACUACUUCUUCGAGCCUAACAGAACAUUUCAGAAUUCAUACUGGAGAGAAACCCUAUAAAUGUAAGGAGUGUGGAAAAGCCUUCACAAAGCGCUCAGGCCUUGCUACACAUAUACAAACACACACUGCAGAGAAGCUGUACGUAUGCAAGGCAUGUGGCAAAUCCUUCAGUGUUUCUUCAAACCUAACUGAACACUUCAGAAUUCAUACUGGAGAGAAACCCUACCGGUGUGAGGAAUGUGGGAAAGCUUUCCAUGCAGCUUCCUACCUGCGUAAACAUGAAAGGAUUCACACUGGAGAGAAAACCUACGAAUGUGAGGAGUGUGGGAAAGCCUUCCACACUUCCUCCAAUCUACGGAAACAUGUAAGAACUCACAGUAGAGAGAAACCUUAUGAAUGUAAGGAAUGUGGGAAAGCCUACAAAAGGUGUUACCUGCUGACUGAACACUUGAAAACUCACACGGUGGAGAAGCCCUUUGAAUGUAAGUUAUGUGGAAAAUCCUUUAGAAGUUCUGCCUGCCGGAAUAAGCACAUUCGAAUUCACACAGGAAUCAAACCAUAUAAAUGUAAGUACUGUGGGAAAGACUUCACUGUUUCUUCAAGUCUGACUGAACAUACACGAACUCACACCGGAGAGCGGCCCUAUGAAUGUAAGGAAUGUGGGAAAUCCUUCACCACAUCCUCAUGUCUGAUUGUUCAUAAAAGAACUCACACGGGAGAGAAACCGUACCAAUGUAAGGAGUGUGGGAAAGCCUACAAAAGGUGUUAUCUGCUGACUGAACAUGUGAAAACUCACACAGGGGAAAAGCCCUUUGAAUGUAAGGUAUGCGGAAAAUUCUUUGGAAACUCCUCAUGCCUUAAUAAGCACAUUCGUAUCCAUACUGGAAUAAAACCCUAUAAGUGUCAGUACUGUGGGAAAGCCUUCACCGUUUCCUCAAGUCUGGCUGAACACCUCAGAACACACACAGGGGAGAAGCCCUAUGAAUGUAGGGAAUGUGGGAAAGCCUUUACAACAUCCUCAAACCUAUAUCACCAUGUAAGAACUCAUGGUAGGGAGAAGUCCUAUAAUAUCAGGAAUGUGGGAAAGCCUACAGUAGGUUUUAUCUCCUAAGCGAGCAUUUAAUGACACAUUGAACAGAAACCCUUUGAAUUGGGAAAAUGUCGAAAAUCCUUUAAGAAUUCUUCAUAUGUUAAUUGUCACACUGGAAUUUACACUGGUGAGAAACCUAAUGUAAGGAUUGAGGAGCAAUCUUUAGUGUUGACAAUUUAUUUCAAAGACACUGAAAUCACUUUAUUCUCAAGAUCCUGUGUGAAGUAAGGAAUCUGUGAGGUUAUUGGAGUCUGAUCACAGGGCAGCAUUGUAAGAACUCACUCUUGCCAGGCCUGGUGGUUCAUGCCUGUAAUCCCAGCACUCAGGAGGCUGAGACAGGAGGAUCAUUGAAAGUUUG